AUGAACGGUGGUGGUGAGAACAAUGACUUUUUCGAAGAGAAAUGUGCCCCACCGAUGCGUCGUGGAAAUGCUCAACAACAGAAGCAGGGAGGUGGUCUUCCACCGGAAUUGAAGCCUAAAUUCCCGAAAACCGAAGAGAAUCCACUCCCUGAUCUACAGACGCCACCGGCUGUACCGGAUUUUUUUCCAGGGCUAAAAGAUGGAGAACCUGAAAAUCCGCCAUUGGAAGGAGACAACCAAACUCUAGAAGUCCCAUCAAAAGAAGUCGAAACACCAGAACUUCAACAAGGUCCAAAGAAAAAGAAGAAGCCUAAAAAGCCGAAAAAGCCAGAUCCAGGAACAGCGUUGGCGCAAUUUGUGGAUGACGAGCCAGGGGAAGGGAACAAUGCAGUUGGCCAAUUUGUAGAUGGUGAUGGAGCAGCUGAAGCGAAACCAGUAAAGAAAAAAGAGAAGCCGAAAGAGAAACCGAAAGAGAAAGUGGUUGAGAAGGAGAAGGAUAGUAAACGGGAUAAGGAGCCGAAAGAGAUGCUGUUGAAACAGCAACUCGCUGCCAAGCAGAAACAGAAGCAACCCAAAACGGAGAGCUUGCGCCAGAAAGGAAAACCAAGUGGAAAUCAGAGUAACCGACAGAAGAAGACGCAAGGAAGUCAGAGAAGGGCCGGCACUAAACAAGUUCAAGCACAAACUGCCGUCCAGCCUGUUCCUCCAGCUCCACCAAUCAAAUCAGCUCAAAAACCAUUGGCUCCUGUACCACCAGUACCAGCUAAACCAGCAUUACCACAAGCGGCAAAGGUGACAAUCGCGGAGAAGGAACCUAAUGGUAAAGUAACCUCCUGUGUCCUCAUAAUUUGGAACAUUUUUGUGAAUUUUCCAGAGGGAUUCUUCAGAGGUGCAUUCGCAAAGGCAAAGAAGAAAAUUCUGGAUAUGUCCAAAAAUCCGAAUUAUGUUCCUUCGAGUGAUACUAACCUGGCGGACGAAACACUUAUUGCGAACGAAGAAGUUAUUAAACCGGAAGUAGUGGCCACUUAUGGUGCUCCAACUGACUAUCCAAAAGGAGUUCUUCCACCGAAAUCCAACAAAAACCAUCCGGACAAACUGUUUCCGGGAGGACGUCUGUUUUGGAUGAUUCGUACCGAAAAACCACCAAUCGCCAAAGUGAUUGUCAUGACUGAGCUACAAGCUAAAAUGAAAAUCAAUAAGAAUGCAUUCGAUUCUCCACUUCCCCCGAGAACGGAUCCUUUCACUCCGUACUGCAAGGAUUGGACGAUACUUCAGAAUCACGAUGAGCAAUUUGGUACGAAUCGUAUAAUUAAUUUCACAAUCCGAAGUGUAUGUCUGGUGAAAGCCCGUAAGCUUGAAAGAGAACGAGUUGGAAAGGUUAAUAAAAAUCCAACAAAAACAAAGCAAAUGAAAAUUACCAUCCCCACUUAUUGUCUCAAUUACAACAGAAAAAAUUUCCAAACAAAGAAACAAGUGAGAACGCAUAAGGACUUUAAAUUCGGGGCCAAUUGCAAGAGGAAGAAGAAAAAGAAGGAUCGUGGACAGAAUAGUAUAACUGACUGA